CAGUUCAGAUCAGCUGUCUACGUACUUGUGUCAGUCUUUCAUAAGUGAGUCGACAUUUAUUGUCAUGCAAUCAAUGUUUUGAUUGUGAAAGGCUAAGAAAAUUAACAAAAAUUUCCAAUUUAAAGAAAUGUUCCAUAUUUUUACACAAAUUACUCGAGUUCCGAGCCGACCAAAACAAUGUCUCCAGCAUAUUUCACGGUCAUUUUGCUAUAAGAUAGUUGAGCGAAAAGCUGCUGCGUCAACAGAUCAAACAUUCAAUAGUAAACCGCGGAGAAAAAAGACGCCAACGAAGGAAUACAAAUUUGAUUUUAAAGCUAAAUGUGUCAGGCCUGCACGAGAUAGAGGAAGGUCAUUGGAGAUAAUCAAAGCGUUACCAGCCGAUUCAAAAGACAUUACCGAAGAAAUGUUGAUCGAGACAUACGAUAAAUUGAGUGCUGGCCCAAUCAACGAUGAGGCUUUACUGCAUGCAAAUUUUGACACUUUUAUCGAUGCCACGGAAUGUAUUCUACUGAAACUCAGUGUAUCACAAGUUUUGCACAUUUUCAAGCAAACUGCUCGGGCACAAAUUCCAAUGUUCGACGAAUUGAAUGAAAUUAUUGUAAAAGAUAUAUUAGUUAAAAAAGAUUUAUUGCGACACAUUACCUUCAUAACGGUCGAUGAUAUCAUUGAUGUGGAUUUUGCGCUGCGCAAAUACUACGCCAGAGAAUGGAAAAUAAGUAAAUUAUUCGAAGAAUUUCGUCAGGCUACACGUGCUGCAUUCGUAGCGAAAGUGAACGAAGAACUAGUGGAAAAUCUGAGCCACAAGAAACUGAUGCGAAUUAUGCGAUAUUUGGGCAAUAAUCGGUCGUUGGUGCAAUAUGUCGAUACAAGUAGUCUAUCGAAACAGUUGUUGUUGGAAGAUGAUCAAGAAUUUCAAGACAGCGAUGUUGUUUUUACAAUUGUAACAUUGGCCAGAUUCCCAAAGCUUGACGAACAUUCAAAGCAACUUUUAACGAAAAUGUAUCGAAUUUGGUGCGGCAACGAGCAAGACAUCGAAAGUGUAAAGGGGAUCCUCAAACUCUUGUGUACUAAGAAGCCCGAAAAUACGGACUUAUCUCAUUUCCAUGAUCCGCUAUUUUUUCAACGUUGUACUCAGAUUGCGAUCGAAAAGAAAGACAUGAGAUCUGCUUUUGCGGUUUUAGAUGCAUACAAUGAAUUGAAUUUCGCUAGCACUCAAUUGAUUGACUUCGUGUCGAUCGCUUUUAACAAGACAUAUUGGAAUAAUAAGCACGUUUUCGUGGAAGUGGACGAUUAUGGAAUAUUUUGUACGGCAUGUGAGAAAGCCAAUUACAAACCAACGAAUUGGGAAUCGAAUGUUGUUCCAGCGAUAAAACGGGCAAAACUUCAAGAGAGCAACUUUUUCAAACAAGUCGAUUUGGCGUUGACUUUGCAUAAACUAGGGAUUCAACAUGCCGCGUUCAUUGAAAAUUUUUUCAAUUCAGCACAGCUGACACAUUGGCAUAAAAACAACAAAAAACUGGCCGAAGUACAUAAAGCCUAUUCGAUUGGGACACCUCUCGAGGUGGCUGAGCCAAAAACACAGAAGAAUGUUACUCCCUAUAUGUCUUGGCUGGCAUUGGAUUUGGAAAAAUUCAUUGGUGCCAACAAAGUUUUAAAUAAUGUUAUCGUCAGCGAUGACUUGACAGUUCCACUAGUUUUGAAAGUCAAUACGGAAACGGGCAACUUUUUGGACAUGAAAGAGCGUACGGAGAGGCAAAAUUUAAUUUGCAACAAAAAUGAAUUGAUAGUCGGUGUAAUCACGCAAGAUAUCGGUGCAAUGAAAGAAAAUUUUGAAAUGUUUGCCGAAAAGCUGAAUAAGCAGAGAAAACUUAUCAAAGAGAAGGGUUGGAUUGCAAUCACCCUCGACGAAAGCCUUUAUGGAACGAUGGAAACGUACAAAAGAGCAUUCACAUUCUUCAAAAUUAUUUUGUAUGCAAUAAAUAAUCGAACACGAAAACAGUGAAUAAGCUAAGAAUCGUCCACGUUUGACUUGUUAACUAAGAAUAAAAUGAUUUAGAUUUGAAAUAAGUUUGAAGUUUAAAUAAAACGUGUUCAAUCAACGAUAUUGUUGGUGAUAAAAAGGAAA